AUGGUGGUAGACUUAGACAAGCAUUUACGGCCCGGGAAAUCAUGCUAUGUGGCUUUAGGACUUGAAGGGUCAGCUAACAAGUUGGGAGUAGGUGUAAUUAAGCACUUACCUGGUCCCUUAACUUCAAGUAAUCGCGCACAAGUUUUAUCUAAUAUACGAGAUACAUAUAUAACGCCGCCAGGAGAAGGUUUUUUGCCUCGAGAUACUGCAAGACAUCAUAGGAACUGGAUAGUACGAGUUAUCAAGAAGGCACUUGCUACUGCACAGAUCUCAGGAGAAGAUAUUGAUUGUAUUUGUUUUACACAAGGUCCAGGAAUGGGUGCACCUUUACAAAGUGUUGUUAUAGCAGCAAGAACUUUGGCCCAAUUAUGGGAUAUACCUUUAGUCGGAGUGAACCAUUGUGUUGGCCAUAUUGAAAUGGGGAGAGAAAUCACCGGCGCUUCGAAUCCAGUAGUUUUGUACGUGAGUGGUGGCAAUACUCAAGUCAUUGCUUAUUCUAAACAGCGGUAUCGUAUAUUUGGGGAAACUUUGGAUAUUGCUAUUGGAAAUUGUCUCGAUCGGUUUGCUAGAACUUUGAAGAUUCCAAAUGAACCCGCCCCUGGUUACAACAUUGAGCAAAUGGCUAAGCGUGGCAAGCAUCUAGUGAAUUUACCAUAUACCGUUAAAGGAAUGGAUUUAUCAAUGUCGGGUAUCUUGGCUUCUAUUGAUGGUAUUGCAAAGGACAUGUUUAGUACAAAGCAAAGAAAGAAUUUGGUAGAUAAAGAGACUGGGGAAUUAAUCACAGCAGAAGAUUUAUGUUUUUCAUUACAGGAAGUGUUAUUUAGCAUGCUAGUUGAGAUUACUGAGCGCGCUUUAGCUCAUGUUGACAGUAACCAAGUUCUAAUAGUUGGUGGUGUGGGAUCGAAUGAAAGGCUACAGGAGAUGAUGAAGCUUAUGAUUCAAGAUCGGUUAAAUGGACAAAUUUUUGCUACAGACGAAAGAUUUUGUAUAGAUAAUGGGAUAAUGAUUGCUCAUGCUGGGUUGUUGCAAUAUAGGAUGGGACAAACCACCGAGUUAAAUGACAGUGUGUGUACACAAAGGUUUAGAACAGAUGAAGUGCUUAUCAAUUGGAGAGAUGAUUAA